CCACCUCAUUUCUUUUUCUAAGACGCCAUAUUUGUUCGUUUUACUUUCUUGUUGAUCAGUCUCUUUACCAGCAUAAAAAUGGGAAGGAAAAAGAAGAAGCAGAUGAAACCGUGGUGUUGGUAUUGCAACAGAGAGUUUGAUGAUGAGAAAAUAUUGAUCCAACAUCAGAAGGCAAAGCAUUUUAAAUGUCACAUUUGUUACAAAAAAUUGUACACAGGUCCAGGAUUGGCUAUCCAUUGUAUGCAGGUACACAAAGAAAAAAUAGACAAAGUUCCUAAUAGCCUACCAGGAAGAAAUAAUACAGAAAUUGAAAUAUAUGGCAUGGAAGGAAUUCCUGAAGAAGAUGUUAAAGCACAUGAAAAAAACAAAAGCAAGAAAAUUGCAGAAGCUACUAGUGAACUUGAUUCUGGUGAUGAUAAUAGUAAUCCACCCACCUCAGUUGGGGCUACACCAAUGAUGAAUGGAAUGAAUAAUAUGGGUCAACCUAUGCCUUAUCCACCAGGCAUGGGAGGAAUGCCAAACCCAAUGAUGGGUGGAAUGGGAGGUCCUAUGGGGAACCCUAUGAUGAAUCCCAUGGGGCCAAUGGGUGGUCCUAUGAUGGGGAACCCAAUGGGAAUGGGUCCUAUGGGCCCAAUGGGAAUGGGUGGGCCAAUGAAUAUGCGACCUGGCAUGAACAACAUGGGACCUGGCCCCAUGAAUAACAUGAAUCAGAUGAAUGGCAUGAACAUGCAAAGACCUCCAAUGACUGCACCAAAUAGGCCUCUUUUCCCUGCUGCUGCUCAGUCAUCAGCAUCUGGAUCAGGCUCUUCAAUGGGUACUGGUAGACCAACAUUCCCUGCAGCUGCCUCUGUUGUAUCCAGCUCAAAUAGCUCAGCAACAAUUACCGGUGCACCCACAAUUAAGAAGCCGGAAUCAACAUCAGGUUUGACCUCUAAAUUAGUCCACCCUGAUGAGGAUAUAUCACUGGAAGAAUUGCGGGCUAAUAUGCCAAAAUAUCAAAAGUCAUCUCCAAUGCUAGAUCAGUGUGUUAAUAAUGGCCCAAUGCAGCCUAAUGUCCCUAUGAACAUGGGGAACAUGGGCAUGAAUGGUAUGGGCAUGGGAGGACCCAAUAUGAUGCCAGGUAUGAUGGGAGGUCCAAGACCAAACAUGAUGCAAGGUGGGCCUAUGAUGGGAAAUAUGAUGAGAGGUCCAGGAAAUAUGAAUAUGGGUGGAAUGGGGAUGAAUGGACCUCGAGGACCGAUGGGGGGGAAUAUGAAUAUGAUGGGUAUGAGACCUAAUAUGGGGGGUUUUGGCGGACAGGGAAGUAGACAAUUUAAUUAAAGUAUUUGUUACAGAUAAUUGAAACAAUAUGAGCUAAAUUUACUUCUGCAAGAUUUAACUAAGCACUGAAUCUACAUGGCAGUGGUCAGGACAGUGUGAGAAACUUGUGUAAAAUUAGUUAUUUAGUAUUACAAGGUUAGUCUCUAAAAACUUGUAUCAUUGUUAUUUUAACUGAUGCUGGCAGCUCUUGACUUCUAAAAAAAAAGUAUGUAUAUUAUGAUUUGUAAACUAGCUAUAAAUGUACAGUAAAAACCAUUUUGGCUAUUUGUUGGAAAGUUGAUGGAUUAAAAACUUAAUUGCUAGAGGUUUGUAAUGAAGAAUUAACUAAGUUUCACUGUAUACAAUGCCAUGAGUCAUUAUGAAACAUUUGUAAAUAUGAUGCAGUUUUUUAACUUGAAAUUGUUUUGUUGAUAGAUAAUUUAAAUUUGUAAUGUAAAUAUAUCAAAGAAUUACACUAUUUCUUCAUCGUCAAGUAAGUGGAAUCUUAUCUUAGCAUGGGUCAUCUUGUUUUCCUAAUGAGGAUUCCAUUUUCCAUACUGUCUUUUUCUUUUAAUCAAUAGCUAGUGAUUUUUUCACUGAGUUCACCUGAUGAUUCAAUAAUUUGGUAAUUCCAUUCUUUUACUUCUCAUCUCUGGAUGAAAUAAAGUACUAAUAAAAUGGAAUAUGACACUAUUUCUAAUGUCUUAAAAGAAACAAGUGCUUUAAGGCUAUAUAAGGUUAGUAAUGAGCUUCAUCUGGAUUCACGAGUCCCUAUUUCUGUCAGUUUACAGGCAAGUUGUCACAGCACCUUGUGCUGUUGGGUCCUGAGGCCCCCAACCAUCACUGUAAACCAGUUAAGUCAAUAGAUUAAGCAACAGCCUGCCAAACUAGCAGUUUCAUGUACUAUAAAGUUUGAGUCUCCAUCACAGUAGUUGAUUUGUUGGUCACUUGGCAUGCCAGAUAUUUAUUCUUGGUUCUCAGUGAUCUGGUUGGUGACUUUAUUAUCACUGUUUUUUGUACAGAUUAGAUUUACAAGACCUUGAGUAGCAACACUAAACACAAGGCAAGUGUGUCACAGUGGGUAGUCCUACUGUUGGGCAGCUCUAGGCCCCCACACUAGGUGGUGAUACAAAUGUAGAGGUGCAUUUUUGUAAAGGAACAUGGAAGCUAGCUUAAUUUCUUUGUGUCACAGCAAUUUAAGUAUGCUGUUGGGCUUUCUACAGCCCCCACACAGUUGGCGACACUUAUUGUUUAGCCAUAUUUUUGCAAAAUGCAUUACUAAUCUUAGUAACUAUUGAAGAUUUUUCCUAUAUUGAAACAGAAUGCCUAUUGUGUAAGUCCCUGAAAGGGGUAGAGAAUGAGACAUGACAGGGUCUUCAUUGGUGAGUACCACUUGCGGUAGGUGGUCUCAACGUUUAGUGUUUGCACAUGCUUAGAUCGUUAGUGAUUAAACCACAUUGUCUUGUUUUAGAAAAGUUAACAUUUGUUAAAGGUAAGGAUGCUGCUGCUUUUUUUUUUGGUCAUUGUGUUCUGUCACUGGUUUCAGUGUCCUUGGUGGAAAUUUUUCUCUUUUAAAAUAUCAUACAUUUCCUGAUGUCAUCUUUUGAAGAUUCUAGGUAUUAUUUUAAAAUGAUUUUCCAUAGAUGUUUUCAGGGUUGAUAUUAGUGUAAAGAAUGCAUCAUUCUUAUUUAUAUACAUAAUUGAAUAAAAUUUUAUGUCAUGAAA